AUGCAUGUGCGGUCGUGGAGUAUACUGCAAACAUUACUAAAUGAUGCAAUGAAGUCUUACAGUGAAUACGCAUUGCUCGUUGGCGUGGAUGACAGUGGUCAACAGUGUUUGGUCCGCCAAUCACUGUUUAUAUCUUCGCUGGAAAUAGAAUUUACAUUGCCUACAUAUGGAAUUUCCGAUUUUAAAGUGGACAAAACCACCUUAAUGGCCAAAUGGCCUAAAUAUGAAUUGGAGUCCAAAUCAUUAAGGCUUUUAAGGUUAAUUAAAAAGUCAUUAAUAAUAUAUUCAAAUCCCCAGCUGAUAUUCUGGUGCGAUGCAUCAAUGGCUCACUAA